AAAGAAUGUUGUCUUGUUCUAGGUUGAAUAUGCAUAAAUUAAUAUUAUUUGUUGCUCUGGUUAUUGGUGAGGGACAAUCCAGUCCUCUAAGCCCUAACACAACACAUUUGGAAACCAGAGAUAAAAAAACAUUGUCUCUGUUCGCUAUCGUUAACUUCCCUAACCUGAGAUGUGUAACUUCCAACUCUGGCUCUACACUGUACGGUACAUGUAUCUCAACCUCUGAAUGUACAUCACGAAGUGGAUCAGCUGCAGGCACAUGUGCAGCUGGAUUCGGAGUCUGCUGCUAUUUGGCCGUCUCCACUUGCGGGUCAACCGUCAACUACAACAACACCUAUAUUCAAAACCCCGGAUAUCCCUCUACCUACACCCCGACAGCGACUGGAACUUGUUUGUAUACCAUAAACAAGGCUAGCACUGAUGUUUGUCAGCUGCGCUUGGAUUUCCAGACAUUUAGCGGAUUUUCCGUAACAACAGCCGGUGUUAAAACUGAUUCAAUGGCUAUUACUGGACAAACCGGGCGUAAUCCCCCAUCAAUUUCUGGAACCAACACUGGAUAUCACAUGUAUGUGAAUCUGGGAGCAGAUACAGGAGAUACUGCGACUGUAACUAUGACUUGGGGGAGUAUUGCUUCUGCUAAACAAUAUAACAUUUUUGUACAACAGAUUGAAUGCUCAUCUCCUCAAAGGGCUCCCCAAGAUUGUGUCCAGUAUUUUACCGGAACACAAGGAACAGUUCAGAGUUAUGGUUGGGCCGGUGCACAACUUCUUGCUGGAAUGGAUUACCAAAACUGUAUUAGAACUGAAGCGGGUUACUGUGGAAUUGAAUGGAAGACAUCAAGUGGAACUACUAUUGAUGCUUUUGCAAUCUUCAGCACAGCUAUAGUCACACAAGCUAUCUCAUCAGGACUUGCAGAGUCUACACAAGGUGUAUGCAACGGCGCAACAGUCGGUAACUUUAUAACUAUACCAAUGACAUCACUUGAUGGAAUAAAUCCUAUUCCAGUUUUAGCUAAUAUUCCUCCCUACCCUACUCAAUUCUGCGGUGGAAUUUUCGGAAUAUCUACAUCAUCAUUUCCAUCACCAUUCCAGAGUAAUCAGAGACCCUUUAGCCUACAUCUGUUUACUUCUGCUGCUGCAACUCCCACUCUAGAUACUACUUCUAAUACUGGCUUCUCUCUUGAUUAUACUCAGAUUGCGUGUGGACAAUACUGAGCGUAAAACCCAAACUGAACCUGAUUUCUUACUGAUCUAGAAACCUUGAUACAAUUUAUUAUAUGGUUACAAUUUAUGAUGUUGAAAUAUAUAUGUAUAAUGUA